AUGUCUACAACAGAAUUUGAGACUUUUGCAGGUGCUCGUCGAGAUCAUCAAGACGCGAAUAAGCUGGCAUUUCAAGAGUGCAUUGAAAUUAUCGAUGCUAAUGUGGAAGAAGUCAUUACCAACAAAGCCGAUGCAAGAGAGAAGAAAUGGUGGAAAGAUGGAAAUUACCAUAUUAUUGAUGAAGAAAGACUCCCUCCGAUCCUUGUGGAAGAUGUAAGCUAUGAAAAGUUCGAAAAAAAAUGUGAAUGCGCAAAUGCAUCAAAAUUCUGGGAAUUUCGGGAUGGAACUGUAGUCAUAAUUGAAUUGCCAAAACGUGAUCAUGAGGUGGCACAUUGUGCACUUACCAAACAGUUUACACGUCAGGACCCUCAGGAUGCAAUUGAUUAUGCCGGAUCAGCAACUUGUUUUGCUAAUCCAGGAUGUAGAGUAGUCAGGGGACCUAGCAAACAAGCAGAUGCUUCAUUUGUACCAAAACUUCUACCUAAGUCAGCAAACCCAUCUGAUCCCGAGGGUAACCCUUGGCCAACUGUUAUUGUUGAGGCUGCUGGUACACAAAGCCUUGCAAGUAUAAUAUAUAAGACCACCCAAUUCUGGUUGGCCCCGAAUCAUGUUGAAGAUGUUAUUGUAUUGAAAUUAUGGAAAUGGAAUUCAAGGAGGGCUCAAAACGGAACGCCCUUGCGCCAUUUAACAGUUUAG